GCUUUAAUUUAAUGUCGAUUUUCUCCAAAACGGAACCGUUUAUAUGUUUGGACGCAUGCUCAUUUUACUUCUUUUGGAUUAGUUUCCAUCUUGAUCACAUCUUGCAAGGUUGAAACAUUUGAUAAACAAUAAAAAUGGCAGAUAAUCUCGAAGAUACACAUUUCGAUACUGGGGAUUCCGGAGCUUCUGCAACUUAUCCUAUGCAAUGUUCAGCCCUACGUAAGAACGGUUUCGUUAUGUUAAAAUCUAGACCUUGCAAGAUUGUAGAAAUGUCCACAUCCAAAACUGGUAAACAUGGUCAUGCUAAAGUUCACUUGGUUGGUAUUGAUAUCUUCUCAGGUAAAAAAUAUGAAGAUAUCUGUCCCUCUACACAUAACAUGGAUGUUCCCCAUGUUAAACGUGAAGAUUACCAAUUGACUGACAUCUCUGAUGAUGACUACCUAUCGCUUAUGUCUGAUAAUGGAGAAUUGCGUGAAGAUCUUAAAGUACCAGACGGUGAAGUUGGCUCUCAACUCCGUUUAGAACAUGGAAAUGGCAAAGAUAUUUUAUGUACCGUACUCAAAUCGUGUGGAGAAGAAGUGGUGAUUGCAGUUAAAACAAAUACUGCCUUGGAUAAAUAAUACUAAGACCGGUUGAAUGACAGUGGGGUCGAUACCAGAAGUCACCUUUGUCCAUUGAGCCCUCCCACAUUAUAUUUUAUGAAUAUAUUUAUCGUAUUGGACCAUCAGUUAUCAAAAAAGCUUAUCUAACGCGACGCCCUGUCGACCGGCAAAGACGUUGAUGUGGUGUACUUUACAUCUCUGUAAUUUGUUGGCAAAAUUAAAAUGCAAAAAGCUACAUUUUCGUUCAAUAAAACUAAUUUAAUUUUAAUCUUAUGUAAAUUUUUCUUUUUUAUCAUGAUUACCAGCUCUUUUAGAAACACCUUUUUCUGUACCAUUAUGUACUGGUCUUAUGUAUGAUAUUUAUAAGUAAGUUUUUGUUUUUUUUUUUUUACUAUGAAAUGAGAAUUAGGUGAUUCUAGACUCUUGUUGACAAUAUUUUUUUUUUUUGAAGUGAAUAAACAUAG